UCAAAGGCACACAGCAUACACACAACAAGUCUCCCAACAACAGGGUUUCAUUUCUUCCUUCUCACAUUCUUUUCCCCACCAAAAUCCCCAUUUUCAAUUCAAUUCAUCAUCAUCACAACAAAUAUAAUAAUAUCCAAAAUUGAAAAACCAUGACCAUGUCCACCACUUUGUUACUAGAACCCUGUCCCUUCCAUUUGAAAUGGAACAACCAAUUCUCUUUUCCUCGCACACACACCUUCAUAACUUCAAUAUCAAUACCCAACAUAAAGUCACACAAUAACACCAUCAAAUUCAAAUGUCACUUAAGCCAAAAUCAUAAAACCCCCACCUCAAUAACUUCUAAUUCCAAUUCCAAUUCCAAUUCAAAAUCUCUAUUAGAAUCCCUCGCAACCACAAUAUGGAACACACUUCGAAAACCCGCGUUUGCCGCGAUAUUAAUAGGAAUUCUAUUGAUGUACAAUCCAAACACGUCCUUAGCAGCAUCUGGAGGUAGAAUUGGAGGAAGAUCAUUCUCUUCUUCUUCGUCUUCCUCUUCAUCGUCUAGGAGUUAUUCGGUUCCAUCACCGAGUCCAGGGUUUUCUUACUCUGCUCCUUAUUACGGGCCUUCUCCGUUUAGCGGCGGGGUUUACUUUGGGCCUGCCGUUGGUGUUGGAGUUGGUGCUGGGUCAAGUUUAUUUCUCAUCUUAGCAGGUUUCGCUGCUUUUAUUUUGGUUUCUGGUUUUCUUUCUGAUCGUGAUGAGGGUAGUGUUCUUACUGCUGCUGCUGGAAAAACCACCGUACUCAAGCUUCAGGUUGGUUUGUUGGGGAUGGGUCGCUCACUUCAAAGGGAUCUCAAUAGGAUUGCAGAAGUUGCAGAUACAUCAUCUCCAGAAGGUUUGAAUUAUAUAUUGACAGAGACCUCAUUAGCUUUGCUUCGGCAUCCGGAUUACUGUAUCUCGGGGUACUCUUCUGUGGACAUAAAGCGGGGUAUAGAAGAAGGAGAGAAACGUUUUAAUCAACUUUCAAUCGAAGAGCGAGGAAAAUUUGAUGAAGAGACGCUGGUCAACGUUAACAACAUAAAGAGGCAAAGCACGAGAAGCCAGAGAUCUAAUGGGUUCAGCAAUGAAUACAUAGUGAUAACAAUCUUGGCUGCUGCUGAAGGAGAACAUAAACUUCCUGGCAUCAAUGGAAGUGGAAACUUGAAGGAAGCUUUACAAAAACUUGGAUCCAUUCCUUCGAGCAAAUUAUUAGCAGUUGAGGUGUUAUGGACCCCACAAAAUGAAAAUGAUACUCUCUCGGAACGGGAGUUACUUGAAGAUUACCCACUUUUGCGGCCUUUGUAAAUUGUAAUGGAAUGCUUGUUUUCUGCUUCCAGUCUUCCACAGUUAUUAGCUGAACUUGGGUUGUGAUUGCGUAGUCGAGGAUUAUAUACUAAUGGUGAUACUGAAACAAUAACAUUUAAACCAUUGAUACUAUCCUGCUACUCAAUCUGCAAAGGUUAUACAGCUGCGGCGAAUAUCAGUGUGACAUUGUGUGACUAUAAAGGUUCGAAAUCAUUGUUCGUAUUAGUUGUACAUAUUACCAAUUAGGAUCUCAUCUAAAGAAUAUGUAUCAUGUUAUAGACAAUUAUUUUAUCGCCUUAAUUUGACAUAAUUCUCCAUUCUAUUUAAAAAUUUAUCUGCCGUUGAAUCUGGUGGAUUUUUACAG